UAGUGCAACAAUUUCAGUUGGCAGAAGUAAACCUGGCUAUACCUAUCCUUAAACCGAAAAUUUGGGCCCUGUGGACCAGUCCAUUCCCUUUAUGCCCUACCCAAUCACUAAUUGCAAAAAAUGUAUAAAGCUAACAACAAAAACACCAAUCAAACCCUCGCAAAAAUAAAAUUUCCCUCUUUUCCACAUCCUUCGCAGCUUUUGGAGCCUUGAAGCCCCCGUUGGUUCCAUUCCCCAUUCCAUGAUAAAAACCCAUCUUUCCUCACUUUCAAAGUUCAGUUUUCAUUUUACCUUUUUGUUUUCUUACAGGAAUAGAAUCAAACAGAUAGAAAUAAUAUUCUUUUUUUAUUUUGUUCCAAGCUAUUACUGGUUAUGCUCAUUAACUUCGCUUCAUGUCCAGUACCCACUUUUCAUUAAGGUAUGGUAAUUGGGAGUAACCAUAUUCAAAACCAUAACCACCAAGGAGAUGGGGAGAAAAACCCAACUAAGGGAGGAGCUUCUAGGUCGUGGGGCACGACCGUUUCAGGUCAAUCCGUUUCGACUAGUGGUAGUGUCGGCUCUCCCUCGAGCCGGAGUGAGCAAGCUAUGGCUACACCAGCUAGUGAGAACACUUUUUUAAGAUUGAACCAUCUCGAUAUUCACGGAGAUGAUUCUGGAUCUCAAAGUGCUGGCAAAAAGAAGAAGAGAGGUCAACGUGCGGUUGGAAGUGAUAAGGGUGGCAGAGGACUCCGCCAAUUUAGCAUGAAAGUUUGUGAAAAAGUGGAAAGCAAGGGAAGAACCACAUACAAUGAGGUAGCAGAUGAACUUGUAGCUGAAUUUGCUGAUCCCGGCAGUAGUGUAGCAUCACCAGAUCAGCAACAGUAUGAUGAGAAAAACAUCCGGCGAAGGGUAUAUGAUGCCCUGAAUGUACUCAUGGCAAUGGAUAUUAUAUCUAAGGAUAAAAAAGAAAUACAAUGGAAGGGACUUCCUCGUACUAGCCUGAGUGAUAUCGAAGAAUUGAAGACUGAGCGGCUUGGACUGAGAAAUAGGAUUGAAAAAAAGGCUGCCUAUCUGCAUGAAUUGGAGGAACAGUUUGUAGGUCUUCAGAAUUUGAUACAACGAAAUGAGCAAUUAUACAGCUCAGGAAAUGCUCCCAGUGGAGGUGUGGCUUUACCUUUUAUCCUGGUGCAGACACGUCCUCAUGCAACUGUUGAGGUAGAAAUAUCGGAAGAUAUGCAGCUCGUGCAUUUUGAUUUUAAUAGCACUCCCUUUGAGCUCCACGAUGACAAUUAUGUUUUGAAGGCAAUGAAAUUCUGUGAAAGACCACAGAGUGAUGAAAUGGCUCACAAUUUUUCUACGGAUGGUGAAGGUUCUAGCAUGUCCGCAAUGUACCAACAACAGAUCUUUCCUCCCCAAAAGACAAGCAUGCUGGAUAAGCCUCCUAUGUCGCCGCCUCUUCCAGGAAUAUUAAAAGCACGUGUCAAGCAUGAACACUGAUAGUUGAGUUUCAAGCCGAGCACCAUGGGAAAUCAAUCUAUUUGUACAUUGUGUAAAGUAAUUUGGCCAGAAGCAACCGCUGUAAGAUCAUCUUUACCUCAUAAUAUUUCACCCCACAUUAAGCCUGAUUAGUCUGUUUUGCUUGAAGGCUUUUCAAGGGGUAUUGGUUCUGGCAAGUCCCCAGCUUUUACAUCCUCAUAAUAUGCUCAUGUAAUUUUUUACCCUAUUUUCCCAUGUUCUUUUGCCCCCACUAUAUAGAAAUUAGCUUAUGGGUAUUAGAUUGUAGAGAUUGUUCAUUCCAUUAGAGAAUCAUAGAAUGUGCUAGUUUUAAAAAACUGCGUUUUGCCCUAUUAGUUUUUCACUUUUUUUUGAAAUUAUUUAAUCAGUUUUACUUUAAACAAAAUUCUUUUUUUUUUUUUUGUGAAUAAUUUCUGUAAAAA